AUGGCAGAUAUUGCCAGCGAUCGCGCUGUCGAUCCCGACGCGCAGGCCGCUGUCACAGACUUCCUGGACUACACGGAAUACCUCCCUUCGGACCUGAUUCGAUCUCUCACGUUGAUUCGCGGCCUCGACGAAAGGUACCUCGACGAUGUCGACUCUGUCAACGAGCUCACCAAGAUCUACGGAUCACUUCCUUCCAUGACGCCCGCUGCUCGACCGGAUGUGUACGAAAUGCGCUCGCAGAUAUCGACUCACUUGGACCAUGCGCUGAACGCCCGAGAGUCGGCAUAUGCUGAGGCAUGUCGGAUGUUCGAUGUGGUGGACCGACAUCAGAACCGGCUGAAGAGCAUCAUAGCCAAAUUACAUGCAAUCCCGAAACCGCCGUCGCGAGAUCCAAGCCCUCAACCCCAACAAGCCUCUACACAGCCCAAACGGUCCCGCAGCGGAAGGAAGCUUGAGAAUGGUCCUUCAACCAGACUGACUCUGAUCCCUCCUCGGGCGAACACGGUCGCUUCCGCAUUACUCAAAAGACCUCGCGGCCGCCGUGUGACUGUCCCCGGAGAGGUCAUGCCACCCUACGAUCCGGACUCGCCCCUCGCAAGUACAGAAGUUUCAGACUGGGAAUCCCCCCCACCUUCGCCCCCCCGGCCCGUGCUCAAAUUCAAGCAACCAAAGCCGCCCGCACAUGUGUUACACGCAAUAGAGAAGCCUACCCCGGCAGCAGAGAAGGCUCGUUUGGCAAGAGAGACAACCGAGUCCUAUCGCAAGCCUACCCCUCCUCCCGAAGAUGCCGAGAUUGGGAGCAAGUACAAACCUUGGACACAUCUUACAGAAUAUGAGAUGUACAGGCUGAGAAAGAAGAUGAAGAAGAACCACGCCUGGGAGCCUAGUGAUGUUAUGAUCAGACGGGAACUGGCCGAUCGAGGACGAGGCUGGGAGAACUACUACCGAGCCAAAGCGGAAGCCCAAGCAAAUGGAACACCUUUUAUCGAUAUCGAUAGUGUCGAACGGCUCGGACCCAAGGUCGAGAAAGGCGACAAACUGGAAAAGGUGGAAACCGUGGAGAACCCCGAGCAGACAGAGAAUGCGGAGAUUGGGGAAAGGCGCGACGAGUCAGGCAAGGAGCCGGAGAAGGAGCAAAAGUCGGAGGCUGGCCCGGUGGUCGGUGCAGUUCCCCCGCCCAGUGCAACUCCUGCUCCAAAACCCAAGGCUGCGAAGAAGAGUGAAUCAAGAAAAGACAAGAAGUUAGACCCUGCCCGGUCACAAGCAGCACUUGCCGCUCAAGAGGCCGAGCUCGCUGCUCGACGACUAGGGGACAUUGGGUCGAAAUUCCGCACUUUGUUCACCACACCUUUCGCAUCAGCCCUUGCUUCUUUAAGUCGAAGUGCAGCGAGUACGCCCACCACUAAUGGAACGGUCAGUGUUGGGAAGAAAGCUGCGGACAAAACCGGUAGAAAGAGGAAAGCAGAAGACACGCCAGCUUUGUCGACUUCACCAUCUGCGGAGCCUGAUGUGGCGAGAAAGAAGCAAAAGAUUGCCCCGAAGCCAUCACCACUUGCACUGAGUCCUGUUGAAGUUGUCCCAUCUGCUCCAACCUCAGCGGGUAGUGAACCGGCGCGCACGAGCGCAGGCACCAUCAAAAUCCCGUUGAAACUUACCGUCUCCGCCGCAGGCUCGCAACCGUCCAAAACACCUACUCCUGCACCGGCAACCCGAGCGGGAAGCGUUCAACUCACUUUGGUGGCGCCGAAGACCGAGUCGACCCCUCCUGCGUCUUCAAGACCACCAUCGCGACGAUCCACCGCUGCGUCGGUUGAACCACAACCGGCACGAUUUAGUCAGCGUACCUCGACGACCCCUUCAGUGGCCGGCCAGAGGCUCGCGGCGGGCGAAACCAGUCCCAAAGGCGCGGUCACCGCAGCAGGUCGGCGCAGCAAGCGUGAUGCGCCCGGAACUGUUAUGCAGUCAAGCCAGGAUGGCGGGGCUGCUGUGAGUGUGAGCAAGCGGCGAACGAAACCCGUGAAACCGCAGAAGCCGACACCGAAGCCUGCAGCCUUAGUUGCUGCCACCUCGCCAGAUGUGCCACAGAUUCGCAUCGACGUCGACGGCCGCCAGGAGAUUGUCGAUCCAGAUGAAGAGCGGUACUGCGUGUGUGGAGAUGUCAGUUGGGGAGAGAUGAUAUGCUGUGAAUUCGAUGACAAGUGUGAUUUUGGACAGUGGUUUCACAUGGAAUGUGUCGGGUUGGUUGAACUUCCACCGCGCACAGUCAAGUGGUACUGUCCAGGCGACCGAAAGAAAUUUCACAGGGGGGAGAACAGCAACGGACUUGUGGGCAGAGGUAUUAAGUAG